AUGUCAUCUAUAAGUAGUAACAGUAGUGGUGGUGGUAAUAAUAAUAAUAAUAAUAGUAAUAGUAAUGGAGUACAACAACAACAAACUGCUACUUCCUCUCCUGCUUCUGCUGCUGCUACUGUUCAACAACAACAACAACAACUUAUAAAGACAAGUAUUGUCAGUGGAAAAUUGGAGAUUGACGAUGUCGUACUUAAGGAUACCUAUGUACUGAGAAACCUGAAGGUGCAAUCGCAGGUCGACUAUCCACUCACGGUUAGUCUGCGAAGUGAUUUGGCACAGAUUGCAUUCCAGUCGACCAACGAGAAUCUACAGGACACAGAGACAGAGGUACCGGUGCAGGACGAUGACUUUAACCAGUUGUUUAACGAGGUCAAUGUCAUCGAUCAACUCGAACUGCUACCUCUACAAACCAAGAACAUCGUCAUGUCAUUCCGACCAUCGCUACUACUCUCUGACCACCAGCUACUACACCAGAAUCAAUCCGAUCCAACAACCGGUAACAACGUUGGAUUUAAUAACUAUUUCGAAGUUAAAGGAAAGAUAUUCUUUAGUUGUAAUCCAACAACAACAAUAACAGCAACAGAUAAUAAUCAAGAUAAACAACAGCAACAACAACAACAACAAUUGGUAGUUGAUGUAGUAACUAGAAUAUGUCGUUCACAGAUAAAAGUAGAUUUAAAUGAGAUCAUUUUCGAUGAUUGUAUAGUUGGAUCAUCUUAUAUUAAGGAUUUGACGAUUUGGAAUCGAUCGGAGAUGCCACUGGUGUUCUCUAUCUAUUGUAAAGAAAAGAUUAUUAGUUUAUUUCAAUUCACCGAUGUUACGGGACUGCCUCUAGCCACUGAGAAUCAGGUAGUACCCAGCUACUCAUCAAUGUCAAUGAGAAUAGUAUUCAAACCAAACGCUGCAGGCCAAUCCACCUACAAAUUCAAACUAGAAAACAAAAACGAUUCCUCCAACUAUGAACUUAUAGUAAUACAUUCAACUGUUACUUCUGAACAACAAACUGAAUUGAUUCAAGUUAGUACAAAUUCAUUUGAUAUGGGAGAUUGUUAUAGUGAUGAACCGACUUAUGGUACUUUUACGGUGAAGAAUAUCUCUGAGGAUGCUGUUGAGAUCAACUUUAGUAGUGAUCUUGUCGAUGAGGUAUCGUUUAUGUUGCACGAGGAAGAGGUGGAAAGUACCAGCAGCUCUGGUAGUAAGAAGAAGAAGAAAUUGGAGAAUAUGGCAAUUGGUGACCAUCGAGAUGCAGAGCAGCAACAACAACAGGAGAAAGACGCCGCAUACCAUGGACGAUCGUCACGUACUCAUCAAGAGUCGAAUGAGGUCAUCGAUGAGCUAACACUCAAUCCAGGAUCGGAGCGUGUCAUUCAAAUUAAAUACUGUCCGAAAUCACUGUUUUCGCUGGCCAGUGAUCCACGUGCGCUACGACUGAACAACAAGACAUUCCGUCUCCUCCUAAAGUGUCCAGUCGUGUCUGUACUUCACUCAUUCAGAUUCCAUCGGAGAUGA